AUGGCGAGCGCGUCUCCCAGUGAUUGUGUAGACAGUGAGCUGAGCUGCGCCAUCUGCCUGUGCACGUUUGACUGCCCCUCCACGCUGAGCUGCGGACACUCGUUCUGCCUCCGGUGUCUGGACGGUGCCUGGAAGAGAGCGAGCAGCUUCAGCUGCCCGCAGUGCCGAGCGGCCUUCCCUGAGCGACCCCAGCUGAAGAGGAACGUGGCGCUUGCCAACCUGGUGGAGCAGCUCAGAGUUGGAGAGAAGAUGGCCUCCCCUGUCCUGUGUGAUGUCUGUAAUGACAGACAGACUCCCGCAGUGAAGACCUGCCUGAAAUGUGAGAUGUCCUACUGUGGGAUACACGUAAAGCCUCAUGUGGAGAAUCUCAAGUUGAAGGACCACGACCUGGUGGCGCCCAUUUCUAAUCUGAAGGAACGAAGAUGCGAGAAGCAUGGGGACCCUUCCAGGUUCUUCUGCAAGCAGGAAGUUGCAGGGGCUCCACAUAAGAGGUUCGUGUGCAGGGACUGCACCAUCGCAGGAGACCACAUAGGACAUCGGGUCAUCACACUCAAGGAUGAGCACGAGACACGGAAGAGUGGAGUCGUUGAGGAGACGCGAGCGGUGGAGGAGAAGAGGAGGGAGGCGGAGGCAUUCGUGAGACGGAUGAAGGCCACUCGGAAGGAAGUGCAGGAUUCCAUGGCCCAGACCAAGGUUCGCAUCGCACGCGAGUUCACCCGCAUGAGGGCGACGCUGAAUGAGGACGAGAGGGCAGCUCUGGACCGCGUGGACGUGAAGGGGCGCGAGCUGCUAUCUCGGAUCGAGGAGCACAUCACUCAUUACGAGCGCGAGAUCAGCGACCUCCAGGCAGCAGCCACGGGCCUGCAUGCUCUGCAGGAGGAGAGAGACUCACUCACGUUCCUGCAGGGUCAUAUGAAGAAGACAAAGAGGACUGAGCGCCCCCAACCACCUGCUCUUCCAAGUGAAUUGACUGUGGGUGGCGUGAGCUGGCUGAGUGGAGUCAUUGAGAAGCUCAAGCUGUCUGCACCAUACGGACGCUCACCGACUCUGGACCCAAACUCGGCCCACAACGAACUCCAGAUUUCCUCGGACCUCAGGACGGUGACGCGGACCGCUGUCUCCCAGGGUCGUCCCGAUCACCCGCACCGCUUUGAUGGCUGGCGACAAGCCCUGUGCUCCGAGAGCUUCUCGUCUGGUCAGCACUACUGGGAGGUGAACGUGGGGGGUGUGACGGGGUUCUGUCAGGUUGGAGUCGCGUACGGGACGAUCGCACGGAAAGGGCUUGGUAAAGAGUGCGGGCUGGGACAGAACGACUCAUCCUGGGUUUUAUAUACAAAUAACAACAGCUGCUCAGUGUGGCAUGGUGGUGUAUCGACCUCAGUGUCGGUGAGGGAUCCUCCCCGGAGAGUCGGUUGUCACCUGCACUACGAGGCGGGGCUGCUGUCGUUUUACCGCGCCGACUCCAUGGAGCUGCUGCACUCCAUCCACCACUCCUUUAGUCAACCGCUCUACCCCGCACUGAGUGUGUAUGGUGAUGGUAGCUCAGUGAGGAUUCUGGAUCUGAGUCGUGCGUGCUGAGAGCACGGAGUGUGAGCAGCACAGAGAAACGGGCACAACGCACAGACUCGCGCAAACAAAGACACAGAUCCACCGUGUAGCCUUCACAGGCUGUUGGGGCAAGUGCUGUUAGCGAGCACCUAUGAGGCCGUCCAUAAAUGACGUCACGCAC